AUGAAUGGGGGUCGGCUAUGGGACUGGGAAUGGAGUCGAGCACCAUCUGAUAUUGAAGAAAGACAGGAAAUGGUAUCUUUGAACGAUCUUUUACGACAACAGAAUUUGUCAAACAGCGGCGAUGUAUGGAUCUGGAAGAAUAAUGAACACCAAGAGUUCAGCGUCAAGAACGUUAAGUAUUCAUUAAGUCAAAAUUUCGAUUUAAAUUCAGUACCAUGCACUUUUAUUUGGAACAACUGGGUAACAACAAAGGGCAUAAUGUUCGUAUGGAGAGCAAUCGAAGAGAAAAUACCAUCUGCACUUGCUUUAAGAAGUAGAGGUAUGAAUCAGAUUCAGGUUAUUUGUAAAACAUGCGGUGCAGCUGAAGAGACGGCGGGUCAUAUUCUUCUCAGCUACAACUUUGCGAGAAGAAUCUGGGAAGCUAUAACAUUUUGGUUAAAAAUUCCGAUGGUGAACGCUGAAGGAAGCAUUGCAGAACUGUUGCAAGAAAUAAGUGAUAUUCCGAGGAGCCGAAAGAUGAGGAAGUUGAUACAUGCGGUUGUAGUUCAAACAAUGUGGGUUCUAUGGAAGAUCAGAAACGAAAAAGUCUUUUCGGGAAGACAAGUGUGA